UCGAAACUUUAUUUUGAAGAAACAAGGUCGAUGCGUGGUUCCUCAUGACAUUUGGACAGUGCGGCGUGGUGCGGAGCCGCAUGCGGUGACAGAGACUCAGGUUAACUGCCAUGCUGUUAAAAUGAGAGCCGCUUGUGUUCUCUUGUAUUCGGCAGCAGCGCUCAGCAGGGAUCAAUCCCGGAAGUUAGUGAACACUUGACCAAACGCGCUCAGGUGUCACUGCUUGCUAGCUGCCUCUAACUAGCUUAAAAUAGUCAUAAAAAGGAUGAGCUCCUCUCCAAACCACGGUACCGGUACCGUGACAGAGGCCAGCAGGGCCGUGUCCGCCCCGGGGCGGCUGCAGCAGGUCUUCAGUCACGUCAAAGUGGAGAACCUGAUCGCAGGACUCAGCGGGGGGGUCGUGUCAACGCUGGUGCUGCACCCGCUGGAUCUGGUUAAGAUCCGGUUUGCAGUGAGUGAUGGACUGGAGCUGAGACCCAAGUACAGAGGCAUCAUCCACUGCAUGAAGAGUGUUUGGGCUCAGGAGGGGCUCAGGGGUCUCUACCAAGGAGCAACACCCAACAUCUGGGGUGCAGGAGCGUCCUGGGGCCUCUACUUUUUCUUCUACAACGCCAUCAAGGGAUACACUAAAGAAGGUCGGGACACUGAACUGAGUGCAGCUGAACACCUGGUGUCUGCGGCUCAAGCAGGCAUCUUAACACUCAGCAUCACUAAUCCAAUCUGGGUGACCAAGACCCAGCUGGUUCUGCAGUACGGUGCUGACCCAACCAGUAAGCACUAUAAGGGGAUGGUAGAUGCUCUGGUUAAGAUCUACCGCAGUGAAGGAGUUCCAGGACUUUACCGGGGUUUUGUUCCUGGUCUGUUUGGAACGUCUCACGGAGCGCUGCAGUUCAUGGCCUACGAAGAGCUGAAGAGAGACUACAACAAAUACAAGAAAGUGCCUUCAGAAGCUAAGCUGAACGCUCUGGAGUACAUCACAAUGGCGGCCCUCUCCAAGAUAUUUGCCGUAGCCACAACCUACCCCUAUCAGGUGGUGCGAGCUCGCCUUCAGGACCAGCACAACAGAUACAACGGAGUUACCGAUGUCAUUGCAAGGACAUGGAGGAAUGAAGGCUUCACUGGUUUCUACAAAGGCAUCGUGCCCAACCUGAUCCGCGUCACUCCUGCCUGCUGCAUCACCUUCGUGGUCUACGAGAACGUCUCUCGCUUUCUUCUCGGGACGCAAUAAACGCGGCUGACCUCCUGAGAGAACGAAAGCAGCACAGACGUUUAACUGGAACUGACUCGCUGGUGCCACGUGGACGCUCCACUGAAGCUGAACGCUCAGCGCUAAAAUGAGACGCCUUUGGUGAAUCGAGCAACAAUGAGGCAUUGUAGGUGUAAUUUCUGCCUUUUACUGUGAAAUCAGAGGAGAAUCAGCCUCAGAACGACAGGAAGGACACUUGUUUCGUUUUGGAGAAGUAGUUCCCAUCAAAGUGGCCUUGGAAGUGUGGGUCGAUGGGACGCAGACAUUCACUAUGAUGAAGAUGUAUUGUGUAUUUCAGAACACAAAAGUUUUGUUUACAUGGUUUCCCUGUAAGACAGCAGUAACAUAUUUAAAUCCAGAUCAUCAGCGUCUUCUGAGAUGAUUCUGGUCAGCACGUCACCCUCUUCUUCUCAUGAAAUGGUACGCUUUGUUCCAAAAACAUUUCUCUCAAACAUUUGUUUUAAUCUUGACUAUUUUGUUUGAUGAUGAAAACAUUAAAAAUGGGUUUUUGUCCUAUUUUAAAUGCA